GAAUUCCCAAACUGGCAAAAGGGGGCAAAAAUAUUGCAUGCGGUCACAUGCUUUGGAGCUGCAUUUCCCCCUUACACCUGCAUGAGCUAAAAAAAACAAACACUAAUACGGAAGGGCAAGCAUGUACCAAUGCCGCUGCGGCCUACCAGCUAAGCAGCCCUGCGACCUCCCCGGCCCGCACGCCGGCUCCACCAGGGGUCCCAUCUGGGCCCACUCCUCGAGCUAUAAGUUCCCGCACUUCGCCUCCACCCACCUCAAGCUCAGAGAAGCAAGCGCACACACUCCCAAGUCCUGUAGCUAGCUGUUCGUCUCGUCUAAGUGCUUCGGCGUUGGGACGAGACAAUCGAGAAGGUCGUGCCUUUGCAUCGCACGAGCGUGUUGCCUGCCUCGCCGGUUGGUGAAGUGAAGCACAUGACGAACCAGGACGUGGUCGUUUCGGAGAUGGGCAUCGCGGCCGGUGCGGCGCUGCCGGGCACCAGCCCGGCCCUCUUGGCCUGCCGGGGCGCGGCUGCCGGCGCCAUGUCUCUGCGGCAGACGUACCUCGACCUGGCCGCGGCCGCCGCGCGCUCGGCCAGCUGCACCUGGGUCGACGCCAUGCGCGCCUCCUCGCCCACCCGCUCCCGCGCCGCCGCGAAUGUCGACGAGUUCUCGGCCUGGAUGAGGAAGCACCCGUCCGCGCUGGGAAAGUUCGAACAGAUCGCCAGCGCGUCCAAGGGGAAGAAGAUCGUCAUGUUCCUGGACUACGAUGGCACGCUCUCACCCAUCGUCCCCGACCCCGACGCGGCCUACAUGAGCGACGCGAUGAGGACGGCGGUGCGCGACGUCGCGAAGCACUUCCCGACGGCGAUCGUGAGCGGGCGGUGCCGCGACAAGGUGCGCAGCUUCGUCGGCCUCUCGGAGCUCUACUACGCCGGCAGCCAUGGCAUGGACAUCAAGGGACCAAGCUCCAAUCCGGAGUCGGUCUUGUGCCAGCCUGCAAGCGAGUUCCUCCCCGUGAUAGACGAGGUGCACAAGGCGCUGGUGGAAAAAACUAAAUCCACACCUGGAGCCAAGGUGGAGAACAACAAGUUCUGCCUGUCCGUCCACUUCAGAUGUGUAGAUGAAAAGAGAUGGAAUGCUUUGGCCGAGCAAGUCAAGGCCGUGAUCAAGGACUACCCCAAGCUAAAACUCACCCAGGGGAGGAAGGUUUUGGAGAUCCGUCCGAGCAUUAUGUGGGACAAGGGCAAGGCCUUGGAGUUCCUGCUCGAAUCGCUCGGAUUCGCCCACUGCAGCGACGUCCUCCCGGUGUACAUCGGUGACGACCGCACCGACGAGGAUGCUUUCAAGGUGUUGAGGAAAAGGUGUCAAGGCUUCGGAAUCCUUGUUUCCAAGUGCCCCAAGGAGACCAACGCCUCCUACUCUCUCCAGGACCCAAGCGAGGUCAUGGACUUCUUGCUCCGGCUGGUGGAAUGGAAGCGGAAAUCAUCGCCGCAGAUGAUCCGCCCGAGAGUGUAGCUGAGCAGUAGAGGAAGAACUAGGACGAGCCAUCGGUCGAUUGGUCAAUCGAUCGAUCGAAUCGGUGUCGAAUCAUGCGAACAUACCCCACCACCAUUUUUUUUUUACGAUUCUUGUGGAACGGACUCGUCGUGGUUACAGGUUCUUCGAUUCCCCUGAUCGAUCCCUGUGCCACCGAGGAAAAAGAGGCCACACAACUCUCGCCUGCGCCGUCUUUCUCUGAAAAUGUUUUGAGCAGCAACCAAACAUGCAUUUUGGUGCUAAUCGUGUCAAUGUACUACUAGUGCCCCUUCUCGUGUAAUUUUUGUCGCCGUCCCAUGGGUUUGGAAGGCAUCUGCAAAGCUACAUGCCAUCCUAGAACCUUUGCAAGAAAACGAGGUUCAAUUCACCCCAUGUAACUACUAGCUAGUUAUAUAGGCUUCAGUUCGUCCUCUUGUACCCUCUGUAACAUGUAGUAAAGGAAGUUCGUAAUGGAAUUAU